AUGGACGUAAAAAUCGAGGAAACAACUGUAAUUCACCCGUCAACACCUCCUUUCAUCGACGACCACAUCCUCUCUCUAUCCCACCUAGACACAGACAUAAACCUUCAUGUCACAUUUCGGUACCUCCGGGUCUAUGUCAACGACCCGGAAAUCCAACCCAUAGAACGACCCGACCCAUUUCAAGUUGUCACAUCUUCUCUCUCAUCCACCCUUGUCCACUACUACCACUACACGGGUAGCCUUAUUCGACGUGAAGACGAACACUUGGAGCUCCACUGUCAUGCUGGCAGUGGGGUCCCCGUGGCAUGUGGCGUGGUGGAUUGUACCUUGAGUGGAAUUAACUACCUUGAUGAUUACCAUGAUGUGAAUUUCAUCGAAAAAUUGGUACCCGACCCGAAAGGGGAAGAUGCUUUGACCCGACCCUUUAUUCUCCAAGUGACCCGGUUUGAGUGUGGCGGGUGGGUUCUUGGAGCCGCGAUCCAUCACUCGUUAUGUGAUGGACUCGGGGCAACCCUUUUUUUCAAUACAAUGGCGGAGCUAGCUCGUGGGUCGGGUCGGGUCAAAUUCGAACCGGUCUGGAACCGAUCAAAAUUACUCGGACCGAGGAACCCGCCCCGAGUCGAGUUCCCAUUUCAUGAGUUCCUUAGUUUGGAUAAAAACUCUUUGCCUUAUAUCGAACCGAGUAAACCAGCGGUUCGAGAGUGUUUUAAGGUGAAGGAUGAGUGGUUGAACCGGCUUAAGGGUUUUUUACAUGAACAAUCCGGUUCAAAUUAUACUACUUUUGAGGCAUUGGGAGCUUUUAUAUGGAGAGCAAGGGUGAAGGCAAGUAAAAUUCCAAGUGAAGAAAAAGUGAAAUUUGCAUAUGCAACAAAUAUAAGAAGAAUAACAAUACCAAAAUUGCCCUUUGGCUAUUGGGGAAAUGGAUGUGUCCCAAUGUAUGUUCAAUUUCUUGCACAAGAACUUGUGAAUCAACCAUUGUCAAAAACUGCAGAUUCAAUCAAGAAGAGUAAAUUCAACACGACCGAUGAAUACGUAAGAUCGUUCAUCGAUUUCCAGGAACUGCAUUACCAUGAAGGGAUUACGGCAGGUAAUAGGGUGAGUGGUUUCACUGAUUGGAGACAUUUGGGACAUGCAACUGUUGAUUUUGGAUGGGGUGGUCCAGUGACUGUUUUUCCACUUUCAAGGCACUUAGUUGGAAGUAUUGAGCCUUGUUUUUUCUUGCCCUAUUCUUCUACUAAUGAAGGGGGAAAAAAUGGAUUCAAAGUUUUGGUGUAUUUGCAAGAAGAAGCAAUGGUUGAUUUCAAAAAAGAGAUGAAGAAAUUGGAACAUAUUGUUCUUUCUUGA